AGUAUUUUAAAAUAAGUUUUAAAUAAAACAUGCGAAAUAUUUAAAAUUGUAGAAAAAGUUAUUUAAGGAUUUGUUUGUGUCGAAAUUUAAUAAGUCUGUGGUAUUAAAUUAUAAGAGUGGAUUGAUUUUUUUUUACUUCUAAAGGAUCUUGGGGAAACGAAGUGGUUGAAUAAAAUACAAAAUGAGUGAUGAGGAAUUAGAGAAAGCUAUUUUGGACCUAUCUAAAAAACAACUCAAAAAAGUGCCAAAGGACGAGAACGCACACAAUGUGCGUGUCUUAAUUUUAGAUGAAAAUGAGCUGCAGAAAAUUGAUAAUAUCGAUUCUUAUUUAAAAAUUGAAAAUCUUUCAUUAAGCAAAAAUCAGCUACUACGUAUGUACGGUGUUUGCCGUCUGCAUUGCUUGCGCGAACUGAAUCUAUCGUUCAAUGGCAUUCUAUCAAUAGAGGGCUUAAAGGAUUGUAUACAUCUACGACAAUUGAAUCUCGAGGGCAACAACAUAAAAACCAUCGAACAUUUAAACUCUAAUGUUAAGCUAGAACAUUUAAAUUUGGCUGAAAACAGCAUCGGUAGCAUUUCAGAUAUAUCGCAUCUCAAAUGUUUGAAGGAGCUGCAUUUAUAUGGUAAUCGUUUAACUCAUUUGCGUCAAUGUGAUAAGCACCUGCCCCAAUCGUUGGAGAUAUUGACAUUAGCAAAAAAUAAUAUAAACGAUUUAAAUGAAAUAUGCACAUUGUCAAAUUUAACACACUUGCAGAGCAUAACAAUCAGUGAAAAUCCUUGUCUCACUAUGACCGCGGGCGCUGAUGGUUUCGAUCAUAGACCGUUUGUUUUGAACUGGAUCAUGAGCCUAAAAGUAAUAGAUGGUUUUCUUGUGGAUCCAAUUGAGAGUUUGAAAGCAGAGUGGCUUUACAGUCAAGGACGUGGGCGACAAUUUCGUCUUGGUGAGCAGGCUUCACUAGCAAAAUAUUUAAGUACUGUUUGUCCGCUAAUCGGAAAGGCAUUAGAGAACGAAAAUGAACGUAAACUCCGAUUGAUCUUAAGUAAAGCACAACAGCAUCAGCGACAGUUGCAAGAAGAAAUAUCAGAAAAUUCGAAUACAUCUGGAAAUAAUUCACCAUCGUCUGGACGAAAAAAAGGAGGCAGUCGAAUACAAUCACCUAGAUUUUCAAGAUUAACUGGACGACAAAGUUCCCCUGAGUCAAUGAUAAGUAGCUAUCAUGGUAAUACAUCGAAUGAUCAAAUGACUUCAAACCAUUAUGUAAACAUGACCACAUCGUUGAUUGAGAAUAUUAAGAACGAUUCAGUUACUUCAGGCUUUGAAGGCAACAUGUCAAGUAGUUCUAUUAGUAACACAAACCAUGUCAAUUCCAAAGCAAAUAGUUCACAUGAAUCUUCGCCUCGUACUUCAACUCCAAAUCCUUAUCAUGAACUCUCGUUUAACAAUCAAAUAGGUGGACCAUUGGCCGCAGCAUCUAAAAUGGUGCCAGUUCCGGAAACACUAAUGAGUCCAGAUGUUUGUCCGGUAUCUGUAGCGCAACGUGUAACGGUUUCUGCUAUUAGUUCCCAAAUACAAAACUCUAAAAUAAAUAAAAACAAAGAAAACAAAUUAAAUUCGCCGAAAAUGCGUAGUCCACACUUGAAACGGAAUUCUGAUCGUAGUAUGAUUAUAAGUCCUCGCAAAAUUAAUAAUAAUAACAAUCAACAACAACACAAUUCAGGCGUGAACAAGUGUACCUACUCACAAACCAAUACCAAAUCCCGGCUAAUAAGUAAUAUACACGUAUUAGCACCCGAUAAUGCGUCAAGCACUGUGAGUUCCGAUGAUGACAGCGAACACAUAAAUGUUGAUAAGUUAAGAACAAUAAGAAACAAAGCUGCGCAAAGGUGCCAGGAACAAAAGUCACAAUCGGAUAGUUCAAAUAUAAGUACAGUUAAUACCGAAUAUUCCGCUGUAAUUAUACAAAAAACUUGGCGAGGUUAUCACACGAGAAAAAAAACUAAGGAUUUGGCUGAGAAACUACUGAAAAAAAGAACGUACGAGUAUAUCGAUAAACUAACCAAAGAUAUGGAAAUGACGAAAGCACAGCUUGAAAAUGAGCGCAAAAUCCAACAGCUCCAAAUGCAAGCAAUUAACGCUUUAUGGAAAAAAGUAUCUACAAUGCAGAUAUCGGAUACCGGAAGUUUGAUUAGCAACGAUGGUACAGCAGUUACUUCUGAAAACAGCAAACCAUUAAGUUUAGAUGACUCGUCCGCAGCAGCAGUUCAAGACCUUGCAAGAACAUGUGCUGUUUUAACUAAUCAGGUACAACAACUACAAGGAUCGAUGCGUGAUAUACUGAACUGUCUAGCAAUAUUUUGUAAUUUGCCGAGAGAAAAUGUACAGAAACUACUAUCGGCCAGUAUAAAUAAUGCAUUGUCUGAUUGUUGUGGUUCGGCUGGAACGCAAACCGAAAUAACUGCUGUUCAUACGCCUCAAACAGAAAAUCAAAGUGCUUUUCCAUUCUACAAAAUGCGGCCUUCUUCAUUACCACUCGAAAUGCAGAAACAUAACAAUAGCUUUAUAAAUACUGAAACCCAUUUGCUGAAUAAAACUACAGAGCCACACUUGAGUGAGACCGAAAAUGAGAUGAUCGAUAGCGAAGAUGCACAAAGCACCGAUAGAACUUACUAUGCAAUAUCAGAUACCACAGAAAUACAUGAAUCACUUGCUUAAACUAAAAUUCUAAACUAGGCUUACUUUGGGUUUUAUCAAAAUUUUUCGCUGAACUACGAUAAAAAUUUGAAAACUUUUAUUAUACAAUCGCAUUUAUAUUUAACUUAUAAUGUAUAUAUUUUUUAUUGAUCUCUCCGAAAUUGUUUUAUUGACUUGUUUACGAUAGGAUUAGGUAGGUUUUUAUUAACUACAAUAUAAAGCACGUUAUGAGCUAAAA